AUGAGAUAUACAGAAACACCUCUCUCUUACUCAAGUAUGAUAGGGAGGGGUAGGGGAGGUAGGCUACUCGUCAUGAGCAGCAGUAACAUAACACAAAUGUCUCAAAGAAAUAUGAAUGUAUAUCCACCAAAUGUAGUUUCAAGUGGAUUCCAUCAUUAUCCACCUCAAUCUACACAACAACAACAACAAUAUAUGCAAUUUGGACAACAACAACAACCAUCUUCUCAGAAUCAACAACAAGGAUUUUAUGUACAGCAACAACAACCAUCAUCUACACAACAACAACAACAACAAGCAUAUAAUUCAAAUUAUCAAAAAUCACAAUAUUAUUAUCAACAACAACAACAACAACCAAAUAGUAUACCACCCUCAUCUACUCCAUUACAACAACAACCCCAACAACAACAACAACAACAACAAUCAAGACAAAUUCAACCAAAUAUAUUACAACAACAACAACAAAUUUCUCAAGCACCACAAACACCGCAACAAAAAUCACAAAUUGUAUUAUCAUCAGAGAUUAGACAACAAAUUGAUAAUAUUAAUAUAGAUUUGGAUGAUGAUCCAUCGAAAAAGAAGAGAAAAAGAACAUCUCCAGAUCAAUUGGCAAUUUUAGAGAGAAUGUUUAUUGCGCAUCCACAUCCAACACUCAACCUCAGAGGACAGUUGGCCCUCGAUCUAGGAAUGUCACCUAGAUCUGUACAGAUUUGGUUUCAAAAUAGAAGAGCAAAGGCACGUCACAUGGAAUUUAAACCACAACUAUCUGCAGAAGGAAUGCAAGAGUUUGAAACAUCCAUCAAGGGUGAAAAAUACUAUGAAGAGCCCACUACCACUACCACAAACUCCAACUCUACAACUGCCUCUAACCCCGCUGCUGCUGCUUCUGCCAAUAGUACACCUUCCAACACUUCUGGCAACAAUACUGCAGAGACUGGAUCACCAAAGGUGUCUGGUCAACUGUCGUCAUUGGCAAGAAUGUGGAAUCGUAUCUUGUUGGCAGGUGGCAACUCUGAUUUGAUUCGAAACAGCAGUAAUUGCGAUGACCCCGAUGCAAUUGAUAUCAAUGCAUCCGACUCUAAUGGUUUGUCUUUGUUGUUUACUGCUGCCGUGUUGGGCUACGAAUUCCAAGUUCGUCGCUUGAUUGACAGUGGUGCCAACCCAAACAUUCGUGACAAUGAGGGCAACACACCGCUCCUUGCAGCCUCUGCCAUUGGCAACAAGAUGAUUGUAUCAUAUCUUUUGGCGCAUGGAGCCGAUCCCAACUUGGCCAACAACAAAAACAUCACCCCUCUCUAUGCCGCCUGCAAGGGUGAUCGUACAGCCAUUGUCGAGAUUCUAUUAGAGUAUCGUGCAGAGGUCAACGAACUCACCAAUGACGGCGAGGGUGCCCUCCACAUUGCCUCACUCAAGGGAUACGAAAAGAUUUGCCAACUCUUGUUGGAAAACGACUGCAAGGUCAAUGUGCCCGACGAACAGCAAUACUUUCCUCUUCACCAUGCAACCAUCAAGGGUAAUCUCAAUAUUGUCAAAAUGCUUCUUCAAAAGGGUGCCGAUACAAACGUGGUUGAUAACAGUGGACACGCUCCACUCCAUACAGCCGCUCUUAUGGGUCACGACAAGAUUGCAAAUAUCCUGAUGGACAAGAAUGGCAAUCCAAACAAACAAGAUUCAGAGGGUUACACCCCAAUCCAUUAUGCCAUUAGAGAUGGUAAAACUGAUACUGUAAAAUCAUUAAUUAAAAGAAAUUCAAAUUUAACUUUAAAGACAUUAAAAGGACAAAACUCUUUACAUAUGGCAGCUCAAUGGUCAACAGUAAUGUUGGGUCAAGAAAUAUUGGAUAAUUAUUUUGAAUCAAAUCCAGAUGUAGAGGCAAUUGAAUCCCUCCACAGAUUAUACACAUGUAACAAAGAUAAUACUAAUAAUAAUAACAACAAUAAUAAUAGUUUUGUAAAAAAUGAAAUUGAGGAACAACAACAACAACAAAAGAAUAUUUAUAAUCACCAUCAUCAACAACAGAAACCAAAGAUUGGAGACUAUAGGUCAAUAUCUGGACUUGUCUGUGGAGAAGAUGAGGAAAACGAAGAGUUGGAUUCUUAUUACCAAAAUAACAAUGCCAAUUACAGUAGACACAUCAUCAGUAGUUCUCAUCACCAACCAAUGUUAAUCAUUACAGCCUCACAACGUGUGGAGGCAGAAAGAGAUUAA